AUUAUUUGAUCGAUUUUCCAUCACAAUAUUAAAAGCAAAUAUACUGUUAAUUCUUGACGCAAUUUCCUACGAGUAACGAUUAAAAAAUUAAACAUUUUUUAUUGAAUGAUAACUGUGGUACUGAGCAAUUCAAAGAGAAAUUUAUUAAAUAAUUUGAAAAGUUAAUCGAACAUUUAGGCAUAAACGGGUGGACUGAAGAUUUUGCCGUUUUUUCGCGCGCUUUCUCUAGCGUUGCUUUGUUUUUAUUUUUCAUUUCAGGCAGCUACGUAUAAGAGAAAUAUAAUUUCUUUUUAGUAAUAUUUUGGACAGAAGACGUAUGAAACUCUAAUACAGAUUGAAGAAGUUAGACAACACCGCUCAAUUUAUCCGACUAUUUAUAUAUAGCGAUAUUUCAGCAACAUUCAUACUCGUAAACAACGCUUAUCGAAAUGACAGUAACAUAUUCGUCAAAAAUUUCUUCUGCAGGAUUUGCAACAAUUUUUAAACUACUAUUAAAAUGGAGAGGAAGUGUAUACAAACUGUUGUGGAGAGAGUUUGCUGUCUAUGCUGCCACGUAUCUUACUCUAAGUUUAUCAUAUAGGCUUGCCAUGAAUGAUGAGCAGAGAGAGAAAUUUGAAUUUAUAUCCCGCUAUUGCAAUCGUUACACUGACCAUAUACCUAUUGCAUUUGUAUUGGGAUUCUACGUGACAUGUGUCUGCACUAGAUGGUGGAAUCAAUAUAAUGCCAUUCCAUGGCCAGAUACUUUAGCAUUGCUUGUGACAUCAGAUAUUCAAGGUCCUUGCAAAAGGGCAAGACUGUUCAGAAGAACAAUAAUGCGAUACAUUUGUCUAUCAUUCACCAUGACAUUAGCAUCUAUUAGUUCAACUGUAAAGAAACGUUUCCCAACACUAAAUCAUCUAAACAUAGCUGGUUUCUUACAAGGAAGCGAACAACAGAUUCUAGAGAGAUUGAAAACGCCUCAUAAUAAAUACUUUGUUCCUCUUGUUUGGGCAACUUCGUUAGUUAAUCAAUCAAGAAGAGAAAAAUGGGUUAAAGACGAUCAUGCUCUAAAAACUUUAAUUGACGAAAUUACCGCCUUCAGAAGUAAAUGUGGCACUUUGUUCAGUUACGAUUGGAUCAAUAUCCCUCUUGUUUAUACUCAGGUUGUCACCGUUGCUGUCUAUUCUUAUUUCAUUGCUUGUUUAAUGGGACGACAAUUCAGUAUAAGCCCCUACAACGGAGAAAUAGAUGUUGACCCGUACUUUCCUUUCUUUACAUUUCUUCAAUUUUUUUUCUUUAUGGGAUGGUUAAAAGUUGCUGAAAGUCUGUUAAAUCCGUUUGGGGAAGAUGACGAUGAUUUUGAUGUAAAUUACUUAAUUGAUAGGAAUUUACAAGUAUCUUAUUUAAUCGUUGAUGAUAUGCACUCUGAUUAUCCUGAAUUAUUGAGGGAUAAUCAUUGGAAUGAUAUCGAUUUUCAAUUGCCUUAUACUCAAGCUUCCAAGAAUUUCUAUAAUGAGCCUUUUGUUGGUUCGACUAUGGAUUUAAAUAUUUCUGCGAUUGGCGCUGAGCUUACUUUGCCAAAUGAAGAAGCACCUGUCAUUCAUGCUAAAGAUCAACCGGAUACUCUGGAAAAUGGGGAUAUUGAUAAGAAACUUAAAUCCGUUAAGAAUCUUCCAAUGUUUAGCCGGAAAGUAUCGAGAAAAUUUCACAAAGCUAGAAACAACGUUCCUGGAACGGUUUUUAUGGCUACGAAUGCUUCUAUGAGCAAUGAUUCUUCCAAUGCACCUAAUGACACUUCGAUCUUGAGACGUCUCUUUCGUAAUUUAAAGAAACGAAAGACAAGGACAAAAACGGAAGAAAAUGGUAAUGGUCAAAAAAGAAAUUCCCAGCCGAAAGAAGAGACUUUCAAUCUUGGAGACAUCCCCUUAAUAGAUGACAGUUGCGUUAAUGAUUCCCCUGUAAAGAAUGAGGCCAAAGAAGAAGAACCAGACGUAAAAGUGAAGUUGGACAAUGACGAAGAGGAGGCGAUGGAAAGUAAAUUUUUGAUGGAUACAGGAAUUGCUCACGAAAUUGUUUAAGUUGUUGUUAUUUUGUAGUAUACAGUAUGAUAUAUAACUUUUAUUGAUGGAAAACAGUAUAAAGUCUAUUUUUUAUAAAGCAUCUUCUUGUUUGGGACUUGAUUAGCUAUUUUAUUCUAUUUUUAGGUUGUUAGUAUUAAAAAAAACCUUUUAUUUGUUUCUACUUAACGGGUACCAAAAAUGGUAUUAUAUAUACUGUGUAUUCGCGUUCAAAUAUUGUUUAUGCAGUAGUUUGCAUCUUUUUUUUAAAUAAUAAACCAUAUAUAGUGGAA